GCAGUCGCUUCACAUUUAACAAAACUUUCACUUCAGAUCUGUUAGAAUCUUAACAAACAUGGGAAUUGAUUAUUACGCAAUACUUGGGCUGACGAGGAAUGCCACAGACGCUGAUAUAAAGAAAGCUUUCCGGAAACUAGCGCUGAAAUAUCAUCCCGACAAAAAUAAGGAGCCUGGGGCUUCGGAAAAGUUCAAGCAAAUCGCUGAAGCGUAUGAUGUGCUCAGUGAACCACAGAAACGAGCGACAUAUGACCAGUUUGGGGAGGAAGGGUUGAAAGGGGGAAUUCCCUCGCCGGAUGGGGGUGGGUUCACAUCGGGUUACACCUUUCAUGGCGACCCCGAAAAAGUUUUUCGAGAUUUUUUCGGUGGCUCAAACCCAUUUGCGGAUUUUUUUGACACGAACGGGGAUUUUAUGACGGGGUUUGGAGGGAUCAGGGGAAGAGGAAGAAAGAAGCAAGAUCCCCCAAUCGAGAGAGAUCUCUUCCUCUCUUUGGAGGAGCUGUUCCAUGGAUGCACCAAGAAGAUGAAAAUCUCACGGAGAGUGAUGAACGAAGAUGGACACACUUCUAGUAUUCGUGAUAAAAUCCUCACCAUCCAUGUGAAACCAGGUUGGAAAGCGGGGACGAAGGUUACAUUCCCACAAGAGGGAGACCAAGGGCCCAACAACGUCCCGGCAGAUAUUGUGUUCGUUGUCCGCGACAAACAACAUCCGUUGUUCUCCAGGAGCGGGAAUAAUCUUGUCUUCGUUGCGAAAAUCCCGCUCGGAAAAGCUCUCAUUGGAUGCAGCAUUGAGGUCCCAACACUGGAUGGGAGGUUACUAAACAUCCCUAUUAAUGACAUCGUACACCCAAAGUACACAAAGAAGAUACCAGCAGAAGGAAUGCCACUAUCUAAGGACCCAAAUAUCAGAGGAGACCUCUCUAUAGAGUUUGACAUCCAGUUCCCUGAGCAACUUACACCUGAAAAGAAACAAUUGAUCCGACAAGCUCUGCUUAUCUGAGAUUUAUAUUUGGUGUAAAUUUAACACAAGUUGUUGUUUCGGAAACUGUGGUUUUCGAUAUUGUACAGAUUAUUGAUAUCUUUAUUUAUGUGUAAAGGUUAUUUUGCUACUAAAGUUAUUACAAGAGCAUUCAAUAUAAUCCAUAUUUUGUUUUGUAAGAAAUAAGGUAUAUAAGAAUA